UACAACUCCCAGCAGCCACCGCGCCGGGGCCGGGAGCCCGGCGGCCGGAGGCGGAGCGGGGCGGAGCGGAGGAGGCCGGAGCCGGCGGCCCGCGGGGGGCCCGGGCCAUGGAGAGCGCCGAGAGCAGCGAGUCCCUGCGGGGUGAGAUCAGCUUCUGGGCCGACCGGACCCCAGUUCAUGAAGCAGCCAGGAGGGGAGAGAUUCUGCAGCUGCAGCAGCUGAUAGAGAGCGGAGCCUGUGUCAAUGCCGUCACCUAUGACUCUAUCACCCCUCUGCACGAGGCAAGCCUGCGAGGGCAAACGCAGUGUGUCAAGCUCCUGCUGGCUGCAGGGGCCCAGGUGGAUGCCAGGAACAUCGAUGGCAGCACUCCUCUCUGCGACGCCUGUGCCUCCGGUAGCAUAGAGUGUGUCAAAGUGCUGCUGUCCCACGGUGCCAAGGUGAACCCUCCCCUGUACACGGCCUCUCCUCUCCACGAAGCCUGCAUGAAUGGUAGCUCCGAGUGUGUGCAGCUCCUCAUCGACGUCGGUGCCAACUUGGAGGCUCACGACUGCCAUUUCGGGACUCCUCUACAUGUGGCUUGCGCUAGGGAGCAUCUGGACUGUGCCAAGCUGCUGCUCAAGGCAGGGGCUAAUGUGAAUGCUGCUAAACUUCAUGAGACAGCCCUGCACCAUGCAGCCAAGGUGAAGAACGUAGACCUGGUGGAGAUGCUGAUUGAGUUUGGAGGAAACAUCUACGCAAGGGACAACCGAGGGAAGAAGCCGUCGGAUUACACUUGGAGCAGCAGUCCCACAGCAAAGUGCUUUGAGUAUUAUGAAAAAACACCCCUGAGCCUGUCCCAGCUCUGCAGGGUUACCGUGAGGAAAGCAGCCGGGCAGCGGGCGCUGGAGAAGAUCGCCAAGCUCAAUAUUCCUCCACGGUUAAUCCAGUACCUGUCCUACAACUGACAGGGGUGAAGGUGCCCGGGAAGGACAAUACCUUUAGCUCCCACAGCGUGAAGUAUGUCUCUUUCUCUUCUACCUCCCCCCCAACCCCAAACUCAUCGUAAUUUAAGCAAACUGGUGUAAAUAGUAUUUAUGAGGCAGCACUUCCUCUUCUCCGUGGGCAAUGACAGGCUCAGGCAACGUGUAGCACUGUAGAAGCUGUAAUGUCUCCUGGGGUGAUCUGUUAGACUGUCACUGUCUUUAAGGCUUUAGCAUCCACUCUUGGAACACGAUUCAUCUUGCCUAAUUUUACCUGUCUUUAGCCUAAAGGCAUCUGUGUAUGAUCUCACCAGGCUCCCUUUGCAGUCAGUGAGGAGAAACAGAUACUUCUGGAGCAUGAUUCAUCUGUCCUGUUUUAGAUGCCCGUGCUGGGAUGAUACAGUAUGCCUCCGGAAUGCCUGCCUCUGCUGACUGCAAAGGGAUUUGAAGGUGAUACCCUUAGAUAUGGACAUCUGUGUUUCUGCAGUGGAUCCCUCUGUGUUAAUAACUCAAAUGACAGCUACCUAAUGCCAAGGGACAAGGUUUGAGAGACCUGUAUGCUAUAGCUGGAGGCAAAUGAAGUCCCCAGCAUGCUCAGGACUAAUUAGAGGCACUGGUUACUGACUUCCCAGGAGCAUAAGGAAGGCUUUGGCUCUGCACCAACAGUGAGGACAAGCUCCUGCCAGAGCAGGGGUGACUUUGCCCUCUGAAGUGAGCCAGCUCUUCCUGCAGCGCUCCUCUAGGGGAUCACCGAGGCUCACGUUCAAGGCCGAGCAGGAAGCAGGUCUCUCUGCCCGUCCAAACAUGCUGCCCUCCAGAUGGCUGGUCCCAAACUAUAUUGCUCCCCUCGCUCUGAGCCACCGUGGCCCCUCUGUUGGGUUUGUGUGCAAUAAGGGGCAGAGCUGCUGUGCACGAAGCACAGCGCGAGGCAUGUCCCUUGUGCAGCAGUGGUGUAUACCCACACGUGCAAGGCAAUGGGAGGGCUCUGCCUUUGGGUUUUGAGGUUCUUAACUUGCAUUUCCCCCCCUCUCUGAGUACUUGUCUCAGUGCUGGAGCCUCUCCAGAGGUUGGCAGCAGCAGCCAGCCCUGCGCCGUGUGCUGCUGUGUGUUGUGCUUGAAUCCUUUGGCUUCAGCAGGCACAGCAGCAGCUCUGUCCUUUGGUGAUUUAAACCUUCAGGGUGACAUUUGUAUGAGCAGAGCCCAAAUCAUCACCUGCCUUCCAGACAUUACGUGUUGUCUGAAGGCAGGAGCCCACAGGGUACAUGGUACUAAGGGGAUGGAGCUCUCUGAUGCCCCCAUAGCAAGUCUUAACACUGUGAUGAGAACAAAUCCCUCCUUCUGAAUGACAGCAAAUGCUAUGAAAUCCCCUGUCUAACGUGGCAUGGAGCUAACUCAGGGCUCCCAACAUCCUUCAUGCUGUGAACUAAUGAGAGCAGUUUGCCUCCUGCCUGCAACAUCUCAUGCUCCCCCAGCCACCACCAUGGGGCUCAGCCUUGGGAGAGGGGCAAACAGCCUCAGCACAGGGUCGAAGAGCUGAGGUGGAGCUGAAUGCACUUUAAUGGUGACCAGCAAAUCACUGUGUGUGUGUUCAUGUUUGGUUAGGUUCAGUCCCCACAGCCCUCCUGUGUUGUCGCUUUGCGUUCUGCUGUGCUGUGUCAUAGAGAAUAAAGCUCAAGAUCCUGCUCUUUAGGGAAUUGUCUGUGGGUAAUUGUGAUUAUUGUGUUUAAAUGUGAAGUUGCCAAGAAGCUAAGAGAAGCCCAAGGGAUGUUGGUUGUGGGAUUCAUCCCUGUGACUGAUGGGAUAAAGGUUUUGUGUUGUAUCUUCCAAGGAAAGCUUCCCCUGCCCAACAUGCAUGUCCUGUUGGAUAAAUACGCAUUAGGAAAGUGCAUCUUGUGGUAACGGGGGCGAAAACCAUCCCUUUUGGUUCAAAUCCAAAUCCCUAUUAGGUUGCUUUUUAACACAAGGCUGGUGAGAUGAUGAAAUGGUCGAGUCCAAGUUUCCAAUGUAAAAGCAAAAGAUUCCUCAGACAACCAAGAAUAAAAUGACAAGUUCCUACUUAUGA